AUGGCAGCUUCUCCGCGCCGGGGGACGCUCCUCCUCCUCCUCGGCCCGCUGCUGCUGGGGCUGCUGCUGGCCGGCGGCCCGGCCGGCGAGGGCAAGAAGAGCUGGCGGCGCCGGGGCUCCCCGGACCGGGACCCCGAGCCCCCGCCGCCCCCGCCGCCGCCGCCUCCUCCUCCCGCCACUCCCGCCUCGGAGCCUCCCCCGGGCGAGGCGGCGGGCCGGCCGCUGGAGAGCUUCCCGCUGGACUUCACGGCGGUGGAGGGGAACAUGGACAGCUUCAUGGCGCAGAUCAAGAGCCUGGCCCGCUCCCUCUACCCCUGCUCCGCCCACAAGCUGGACGCCGACCUCACCCUCCAUCUUCUGCUCAACGCCUCCGUCACCUGCAACGACGGCAGCCCCGCCGGCUACUACCUCAAGGAGUCCAAGGGCAGCCGGCGGUGGCUCCUCUUCUUGGAAGGCGGCUGGUACUGCUUCAACCGGGAAAACUGCGAUUCCCGCUACGACACCAUGCGGCACCUCAUGAGCUCCAAGGACUGGCCCCGCUCCCGCACGGGGACCGGGAUCCUGUCGUCGCAACCGGAAGAGAAUCCCCACUGGUGGAACGCCAACAUGGUCUUCAUCCCGUACUGUUCCAGCGACGUCUGGAGUGGAGCCUCCUCCAAGUCAGAGACGAAUGAGUACGCCUUCAUGGGCGCCCUGAUCAUCCGCGAGGUGGUGCAGGAACUGCUGAGCAAAGGGCUCGGCAACGCCAAGGUGCUGCUGUUGGCCGGGAGCAGCGCCGGCGGCACGGGCGUCCUCCUCAACGUGGACCAGGUGGCCGACCAGCUGGAGGGGCUGGGCUACGCGGGGAUCCAGGUGCGAGGCCUGGCCGACUCGGGCUGGUUCCUGGACAACAAGCAGUACCGCCGCACCGACUGCGUGGACACCAUCACCUGCGCCCCCACCGAGGCCAUCCGCCGCGGCAUCAGGUACUGGAACGGAAUCGUCCCCGAGCGCUGCCGUCUGCGCUUCAAGGAGGGCGAAGAGUGGAACUGCUUCUUCGGAUACAAAAUCUACCCGACCCUGCGCUGCCCGGUCUUCGUGGUCCAGUGGCUGUUCGACGAGGCCCAGCUGACGGUGGACAACGUCCACCUGACGGGUCAGCCGGUGCUGGAGGGCCAGUGGCAUUACAUCCAGAACCUGGGCCGGGAGUUGCAACACACGCUCAAGGACGUGGUGGCCAGCUUUGCCCCAGCCUGCCUCUCCCACGAGAUCAUCAUCCACAACCACUGGACGGACAUCCAGGUGAAGGGCACCUCGCUGCCCCGUGCCCUGCACUGCUGGGACCGCAGCCUCCACGACGGCAACAAGAACGGCAAGGGCCCGGUGAAAGGCUGCCCCAUCCACCUGAUCGACAGCUGCCCCUGGCCCCACUGCAACCCGUCGUGCCCCACCCUGCGAGACCAGUUCACGGGCCAGGAGAUGAACGUGAUCCAGUUCCUGCUGCACAUGGGCUUCGACGUGCAGAAGAUGGCGCAGCAGCAAGGGCUGGAGCCCGCCAAGCUGCUGGGGAUGCUGAGCAGCGGGAGCUGAGCGGAGACGCCCCGCUCCGCUCCCCUCCCGGGACGACCCGCCCCCUGCCCGACCCUUCCCCUUCCUCCCCCGGCCCCCGCGUUGC